GGCCCUGGAGCCGCCCCUGAGCGACUCCGAGCGCUCCGAGCUCCUGGACACGGCCCUGGCCUCCGUCCUGGGCCUGCCCGCGCCCGAAUCCGGGAAAAACCCCGGAGCCUCCCGGAGCCCAGAUUAUUCCCAUCCCAAAAUUCCCAGGAAUUUCCCCCCAAAAAAUUGCCAAAAACCCCCCAAAAUUCCCAUUUUUUUCCUGGGCAAAGCCCGGAUUUGUUGGAUUUGUGGAUCCCAGGCCGUUCCCAAUCCCAGAAUUCCGGGAUUUUUCCAGGAUUUGCUCGGGGAGGCCCUGGGGGCUCUCACGGAGCUGCUCCGGGGGCUCCUCCAGAGGCGCCCGAACCCCGGCGGCCUCCAGGAGAUCUUUGCUCAUUUGGGGCCCUGGAUCCGCUCCCCGCGCCCCCAGGAGCGGCUGCGAGCGCUCGGAGUCAGCGAGGCCCUGCUGGGAACCUUCCUGGGACAGCUGCGCGUGACCUCCCUGGCUCCGUUCCCAGCCCUGGUUCCCAUCCUGGCCCUGCUGGUCCCGCGCUGCUCCGAUGGAAUUCCCGGCAUUCGCCGCCUCGCCCUGGAUUCCGUGCGGGCCCUGCUGCGCAUCCAGCUCUGCUACCAAGGUUUUUCCCGGGAUCACCAGGACGAACUCGUGGAGGGGCUGCAGUGGCUCCAGGAGGGGCUGGAAAAUCCCAACCCCAACCCCGACCUCGGCCACAGCUGCACCAGGAUCGGGGUGGUUCUGGGCAGGAGAAUCCCCCCGGAGCAGCUGCUGGGGCUGCUCCUGGCCCUGCUGGAAUCCUGGGAUGAUCCCGAGCCCGACUGCGCCCGCGGCGCCGCCGCCAUCGGCAACGCCCUCAUCCGGGAGAGGGGAGCCAUCCUGCAGGACAAGGUCAGGAGGAACAAAAAUAAUCAACAAAAACAGGCGCAGGAGGCGGCGCGGGCGGAGCUGCAGCUGCAGCGGGCGGCGCAGAGCUCGGUGCUGCUCCUGGCACUGCAGCACCCGCGCAGCGUGGUCGGCUGCCUGCUGGGCAGGGCCCUGCCCUUCGAUGGCCCCACGUGCACCAUGUGGAGGGCUCUGGGCACGGAGCCUUCGCUGACGUCGCAGAUCCUGGAGCUGCUCCUGGAGAGGCUGAGCCGGGAAAUUCCCUUCAAGGAGAGCAAAUCCUUCCUGCUGGGCAGCGCCGCCGAGCGCGUGGCCACCGCCCUGCCCCUGGCCGCCACGCUGGCCCUGGAUGAGCUCAUGUCUGUGCCGGAGGCGGCGGCCGCGGUCCUGGAGCGAUUCCCGGAGCUCUUCCCGGCGCUGCUGCUGCGCCUCGGCUGCGCCCUGGGCGUGCGCCUGCCCCGGGCCCUGCAGGGGCGGGACAGGGCCGGCCUGGAGCCCUGCAGCUGCGCGGUGCAGACGCUGAGGGCGAUGCUGGCGCGGGCCGGGAACGCCGACGUCGUGCAGGAGGUGGGGAGCGCCGGGGGCUGGGAACUGAUGGAAAUUCCCGAGCGGCACCACGACGGAAUCGCCCUCCUGGCCGGGGCGAUGGCUUGGCGCUGCGGGCCCCGGCUGCCGCCCAUCGUCCGGAGCCUCAUCCCGGUGCUGGGCAGCGCCUUGGAAUGCCAGAGGGUGACCAGCAGCGCCUUCCUGGCCGAGCUCCUCAACCACAACGUGGUGAACGACCUGCUCCUGCUGGAGCCGCUCGUGGACGCGCUGACGGCUCUGGAGAAGGAUUCCUGCCUCCUGGUGCGCGUCCUGGCGCUCCGCGGGCUCGGCAACGUGGCCUCGGGAUCCCCGGAGCAGAUCCGGAGGCACGGCUCGCAGCUGCUGGCCUCCAUGGUCAAUGGCAUGGACGACAAGGACGAUCCCAACAAUCUGCUGGCGCUGGAGGCCAUGUCCAGCCUCUCCAAGAUCCUGGAUCACCUGGAGGAGCGGGACGUGCAAUCCAUGCUGCUCCGCGUCGCCAUCCGCAUCCGGCCCUUCUUCGACAGCGAACACGCCGAGCUCCGGCACUCCUCCAUCCUCCUCUUCGGGAACCUGUCCCGCUUCAGCCGCUCCGACUCCGAGGUUUUCUCGGAGCAGAUCCUCAACGGGCUGGUGACGCUCCUGCUGCACCUGCAGGACCCCCAGCCCGACGUGGUCAAGGCGUGCAAGUUCGCGCUGAGGAUGUGCGGGCCCAGCCUGGGCUGCGAGGGGCUCCGGGAAAUGUUCGGGAAUCACCUGCGGGAGGAGCGGGGGCUGCACUACGGGGAGUUCAUCAACGACGCCGCCAAGUUCCUGAUGCGCAGCCACCCCGCUCUGCUGGGCCGCCUCAUCUCCACCAACCUCUUCUACUUCAAGAGCCCGUGGCGGGAGCUGCGUGCGGCGGCGGCCAUGUUCACCGGGUUCCUGGUGCUCCACAUGGACGAGGAGCAGGGCCAGCAGGUGGACCUGGACCAGCUCAUCUCCGCCCUGAAGCUGCUGCUGCAGGAUCCGGUCCCGGCCGUGCGGGUCAAGGUGGCCGAGACCCUGGGACGCCUCGUCCGCCUCCUGUGAAUCCCAGAAUCCCCAGAAUUCCUGGAAAUUCCCAGCUCGGAGACCCUGGGACGCCUCCUCCUCCUCCUCCUCCUCCUGCUCCUCCUCUGAAUCCCAGAAUUCCUGGGAAUUCCCGGCUCCGCUCAGCAAUACCCCGGGGGACCCCAAUCCAUGGGAAAAGUCUUCCAUCGAUCGCCUCCAUCCUCGGGGGCAAAAAAAGUGGGAAAGCGGCCGGAAUUGGGGAUGGGAUCCGGCUGCGGAAUCCCGGGAUCUGGACGGAGCCCAGUCCCACCCCUGCAGCCGCUUCCCGAUGGAUCCGGGAUCCAUUCCCACCCCUGCAGGCCGUCCCUCUCUGCUGCUUCCCGGUGGGUGACGGGAUCUGUUCCCAAAAUUCCCAGCUGGAAUUGCCCCCUGUACAGAGACCUGUUUUUAAAUAAAGCUUUUGGCUCCCGA